UUGAUUUCUGAUAGAGUCAUUGACAGUCAAAGAAUAAGUAAGUAGCAGAAAAUGUUUGCAAUAUUUUCCAGAAUCAAUCAGUCCGAAUCUACCAAUAUAACAGACCUGAAGUUACUUCUCAUCAAGUUUCAUGGCUGCUGAUAAUGUAUUUUAAAAUAACUUGUCCACAAUCUGUAAAACCCUAGGAAUCUUUCCAAUACUUUGUGGAGCUAAACUCUACCACAGAGAUCGCUCACUAAGAAAAAGGGGGAGAAAGUAUGAAGGAAAAGGGUUCAAGAGUUGAGAUAAGGACAGGGAGAUCACUCACCAAUCACCAUCACAGGCAAAACAGACUCGGGGUAGGACGAUUAAUAUAAUUUAUUGUCUGUUACUAACAGACUAGAGCAGUAAGAAACUAAAAGCAAACUAAAGACACCUUCCCAUAUCAUCCACCUUCUCCUCACCUCAGGUAGCUCAGGAGAAUGCAGAAUAAGAGUUGUGGUCAGUCUGUAACACUUUGUCAUCUGCCACUCCAUAUUCACUCUCUUCCCCUGCUCCAAUGUGGUGUCCUUCCCACAGGAUGCUGUCCUUCCCAAACUGAUCCUGAGCGGGCUUCUCACAGGCAGCAGCUCUUCAAGAACUGCUCCCACGUGGCUCGCUACCAUGGGGUCCAUCUGACAUGAGCAGCAGCUCUUCCCACGGGCAGCAGCUCUCCCCAGAUCCCCUGCUCCUGCAUGGGAUCCUCUCCAUGGGCUGCAGCUUCGGCCUGGGACGUGCUCCUGUGGGGACUCUCUUGACUCUGAUCUCCCACAGGCCCUCCCAGCAUCACCUACUGGCUUGGUGUGUCCUGGCCGAGCAGCGUGAAGGUUCCGAGGUUGCGAAGGAUCUGGGCAGCAGACGACGGUGACACAGCUGACAGCACUGCAGCCAGUGCAUCGGGCAGGCAGGAGGUGGCAGUGAGGACUGCGGGCCAGCGCCUUCCCUACUUUUGCUCCACAACGAGUAAGACCAUUCUGCAGGACAUUCAGGAAGAGUGGGAAGAGAGCCCCAGGAUAGAAGCUGUGGCAGAAGCAGACGACGUCCUGCCCAGCACGUCUCCUGCCCCAUCUGGUGAGGCAGAUGCCAGGCCUUCAGCUGCUCCUAUGGCCGCAGUUCCUGGGCCCGAGGAGCUCCCCCCGGCCUGCAUGCCCAAAGAGGGAAAAGCUUCAGCCUCUCCCCUGGCUGCUGCUAUGCCCGGCCCUUCCACAAGCAGCCAGAAAAGACCGCCGACAUUGAAAGACCGGGUCAAGAUCAACUGGGAUAUCUAUGGGUGCUCCUCCUUUCGGCCAGCAAUGCAGAUCAUUCCGAGCGGGGAGAGGGAAGGCUGCCAGUUGUCCCGGUGGAACGAGUCCUGGCCGAGCAGCGUGAAGGUUCCGAGGUUGCGAAGGAUCUGGGCAGCAGACGACGGUGACACAGCUGACAGCACUGCAGCCAGUGCAUCGGGCAGGCAGGAGGUGGCAGUGAGGACUGCGGGCCAGCGCCUUCCCUACUUUUGCUCCACAACGAGUAAGACCAUUCUGCAGGACAUUCAGGAAGAGUGGGAAGAGAGCCCCAGGAUAGAAGCUGUGGCAGAAGCAGACGACGUCCUGCCCGGCACGUCUCCUGCCCCAUCUGGUGAGGCAGAUGCCAGGCCUUCAGCUGCUCCUAUGGCCGCAGUUCCUGGGCCCGAGGAGCUCCCCCCUGCCUGCAUGCCCAAAGAGGGAAAAGCUUCAGCCUCUCCCCUGGCUGCGCACCCUGUGUUGGAGGCCAGGACAGCACCUCUCACCCCAUCAGCAUGUGAGGAAGAAGAAGCAGCACCUUCUCCCCUGGCUGGGGGCCUUCUGCAAGAGGUUUCCUCCGAGCAUAGAAGCAGUGCACAGUGUUCCUCACACUUCCAAUCGGUGCCAGAGGAAGGGCCAGGCACCGCUGCCCUCCCGCACGCUGUGGCUCGCUCGCGAUUGCCCCGCCUCUUCAGGAGAGCACUUCGGGCUCUCCGCAGGAGUUUCUGCUUCAGCUGCAUCACAGAAGACCUAGAGCAACGUGAGGCUGACAGUACCAGGGAGCUCCCCACAGAUGGCAGCUUCGGUCCCGAGGACGGGGCUUCUGAAUAAAAUUGUUCAGGACUAUUU